AUGUUUGAGCAAGAAAGAGAAAAUUUCGUUAAAGGCGCAGUGACUCGAGCUCCAGGAAAGAGGCAAAUAAAGCCAAGUGUUGCUUUAUUUGAAGCUGAAUUUAAUAAUGGAGUAAUUGACGGUGAUGAUGAUGAAGAUUUGGACUUUACUGCGGAAGAUCAUUCCGGUCAUUCCAUUUCUGGGGAAUCUAAUGGUUCUGAAGAAAGUGAGAGUGCUACAGGAUAUGAAAGUGGUUCUGAGGAGUCUGAAAGUGGCAAAAUGAAUGAAGAGGUGAGUGAUGAAAUUGAUAAUAUUCCAAGUACUUCAUCUGGAAAUGUUACAAAUUGUCAAAAUAAUUGGUUAAUUGAUAAAAAUGAAAUGUGGAUUGUUAGUUCAUGAAGUCUGUUAUGGAGUUGCUAAUGAAUUAACUGAAUCCUCUUCUGGCAACAGUCAAAGUUCUUCAACCUCAACAGAACCCUGGUUUUGUGAACCUUGUUUGUUUGGUGAUGGAAGUAUUCCUUAUUGUCAACUUUGUCCAAACAGAUUUGGAGCUUUUAAACUUUCUGAUAUCACAAAUAAUUGGGUUCAU